AUGUCAUUACUUAUCCCAACACCAAGAGAUCGUCACGAUGCACAUGGCGAUUUGGAAGAAGACAACGCCUACUAUAAUUUGCUAAUCAAGGAGCAAAACUCAACGAACAAUAGGUACAUUUGGAAGUUCAAACCAGUAAAAGGAUUUUUCAAGCAAACUGACGAACAAACGGAUGAUAUGGCAUUUAGAUACACUGAACAAAAACUUGGGAGGCUAGAUGAUUGGGAAAAAAUAGUGGCUGACCUUCAACAGUUGAAUCGUGACUCUCCAGAUAAUGAGAUUUAUAAAUUGAUUUUCUUAGCUCGACACGGGCAAGCGAAGAGUAAUGUGGCAUCUCAGAAAUAUUCAAAGGAGGAAUGGAUGCGUAAAUGGAGAUUUUUGGGAACUGAUGGUGAAUUAACUUGGGGACCAGAUGCUGAUUUGACUGAGUUGGGACUUAAACAAGCAGCAGAAAACCAUCAAUGCUGGAAACAACAACUACUUGAAGGUGCUCCUUAUCCUAAACGUUUCUAUGUUUCCCCGUUACAGAGACUGAUCAAAACCCACAAUAUUACUUGGCCAAACACUAAGCCAAUUGUACUUGAAAACUUACGUGAGACUAUUGGUUUACACUUGUGUCAUAAAAGGUCAAACAAGUCAUCCUUAAAAGAGAAAUUCCCCAACCUUGUGUUUGAAGAUGGGUUCACUGAAGAAGAUUUAUUGUUUGAUAAGUAUCUCCCAAGAAAAGAGCAUUUACAUGAGCAGUUCUUGCGAAUAAAUGGAGUUUUGCAAGAUAUUUUCAAUAGUGAUGAGGAGGAUAUCUUAUGUAUAACAUCACAUGCGGGUACUAUUAGAGCAUUCAUUACUGUGUUAAGUCAUCGAAAGUUCACCAUACCAACAGGAGGAAUGAUACCGGUAGUAAUCAAGGCAACUAGAACUAGCUAA